CAUGUCCGAGGGGUCCUUCCGCUUUCCUCCUUCCGUUCCACUUCUCUCACCUUCUUUUCCCUUCUGGUUAAAAACCCUAGAAAUCAAAUCCGAGUUGAGGGAAAGGAAGGGUGAGUUGAGGGAAAGGCAGGGGUUUUCUUCAGUUUCCUCGGCAUCAUAGCCUUGAUUUUGUUCUAAAAUGAACACAUAUACAUCAACUAGGCGACCUAUGAAGAGGUAUGCAAGGGAUUCAAGUCAAAGGAAGAAUAUGGACCUUAAUGCGCCUUCUAUGGAGACUCAGAUGCAUGAGGGAACGUCUAAUCCCGUAAGCUCGCGAGCGUCUCAGGGUGCCUCUGCUCCCAUGAACUCUCGACGAGGAUCCCAGCUGCCUGCUAAUGAUGGUUCACACAGUUUGCCUAUUGAUGUUGAGGCAAUUGAUGAUGAUGUCCUGAUCAUUUCCUCUUCAAGCAGGUUUCCUCAGACAAUGCGGUCUAGAACGAGUCAUCCUGUGACAGUAGUACUUGAUGAAGACCAUGAGGUUCAUCCAGCACAAGCAGGUGUCGCUAUAGAGGAUUCCGUUACAACCCUCUCUCUCAAUAGCCACAACAAGCGGGUAAGGAUUCCACCAAACACCAUGAUUAUCAAUUGCGAUGUUUAUUCAGCAGUUGAAGACAAUCACAAUGUUAAGAGAAAGAGAGUGGCAAAUCCUCAUGCAGAGCCCGAAAAGGCGGUACCAAAAGAACCAACCUUCACUUGUCCUGUUUGCUUGAGCACAUUGACUGAGGCGUGCUCGACAAUUUGCGGCCAUGUUUUCUGUCAAAGAUGCAUCAAAGCUUCUAUUCAGGCGCAAAAAAAAUGCCCCGCAUGUAGGAGGAAACUUACCAUCAACAAUUUCCAUAGGGUGUACCUUCCAACCACCAACUAGAUUUACUGCAUGCCAGAUUUGGAGAUUUUCCUCCUUCAAAUUUUUAUGUUGCAGUUCCAAAGUCGCCAUUUUUUAUUCAACAUUUUGUAUAGUUCUCUAAAUAUCUGUGCGAAUUGCGAAUUAGUUUUUCUAUUUAGUCUGGCUUGGACUGUUGCAAGUGCAAAGUAGUAUAUUGAACUAGCUUUGGUCAUC